CAGAAGUGAAAGCAAAAAAGCCUCCGCAGUUCAAAACCCUUAUUUUUGCUUCGAUUUUCCGCUAGGGUUUUCCGAUACUUAAGAAACUAAAAUAAUGAAAAACCUGAAGCUUUACUCAGAGAUUACUUCGAAUCUAGAGUUACAGUCAGAAGGCGAAGUAUUACUGUUCGCUGCAUAUGAUAUCGAGAGAAAUCGCUUCUUCUUUGCUUCUUCGGAUAAUCUCAUUUACACCCUCCAUCUUUCUUCUUUCCAAAAUGAAAGGGCAUGGACUAAAGGUCCUUUGCAAGCAGAAAUCGAUCCCUUGGGUUUGGAGCCUGAGGAUGUCAUUACUUCUUUUGAUUAUCUUAUGGAGAAAGAAGCAUUGAUAGUGGGUACUUCUAGUGGGCUUUUGCUGCUGCAUAACGUAGAUGGGAAGGAUACAGAAGUUGUUGGUCAGGUGGAGGGUGGAGUCAAGUGCAUCUCACCCAGUCCUGAUGGAGAUCUUCUUGGUGUGACUACUGGUUUAGGGCAAUUACUGGUGAUGACUCAUGAUUGGGAUUUGUUGUAUGAGACUGCAUUGGAGGACCAUCCUGAAGGUGUUGACGUACGUGAACUGGAUUUUUCAUCCAGAGAUGUUUUUGGAAGCCCCUUUUCUUGGAGAGGUGAUGGGAAGUACUUUGCCACUCUGAGCGAGAUGCCAAAUUCUUCUUCUUUGAAAAAGAGGCUUAAGGUCUGGGAACGGGAUGCUGGAGCAUUACAUGCUUCCUCAGAACCAAAGGAAUUAAUGGGAGCUAUUCUGGAAUGGAUGCCUAGUGGAGCAAAAAUUGCAGCUGUCUGUGACAGGAAGCCCGAAGCUGGCCCAUCAAUAGUUUUCUAUGAAAGGAAUGGGUUAGAAAGAAGCUCGUUUCGCAUUAAUGAACCAGUUGAUGCAACUGUAGAACUUCUGAAGUGGAAUUGCAGUUCUGAUCUUCUUGCAGCCAUUGUUAGAUCGGGAAAUUAUGAUUCUGUUAAGAUCUGGUUUUUCAGCAACAAUCAUUGGUAUCUAAAGCACGAAAUCAAAUACUUGAGGAAAGACGGAGUUAGGUUCAUGUGGGAUCCGACAAAGCCACAGCAAUUAAUCUCUUGGACUCUCGGCGGGCAGGUCACAGUUUACAAAUUCAUCUGGGUUACAGCUGUCAUGGAAGACUCAACAGCUUUGGUUAUUGAUGACUCCAAGAUACUUGUGACCCCCCUUUCUUUAUCCUUAUUGCCACCUCCUAUGUAUCUAUUUACCCUUAAUUUUCCAAGUGCUGUUCGGGAAAUGGCUUUUUAUUCCACAAAAGGUAAGAAUCGUUUGGCUGCAUUAUUAUCAAAUGGCUGUCUGUGUGUUGCAGAGCUUCCUGCACCUGAUACUUGGGAAGAACUAGAGGGCAAAGAAUUUAGCGUAGAACCAUGUGUAUCUGCAACAUCCUUGGGAUCCUUCGUACAUCUUAUGUGGCUGGAUUCACACAUGCUUCUAGCCGUUUCUCAUUAUGGAUUUAAUCACAGUAAUUGUUCUUUCCAAACCCCUUCAAGUGAGGAUAGGCUUUGUGGUUUCUAUUUACAGGAAAUUCAGCUUGCUUGUUAUGAGGAUAACUUGCCAGGUUUACUGACAUGCUCUGGCUGGCACGCAAAAGUUUCCUAUCAAAAUUUGUUGGAAGGACUUGUAAUGGGGAUUGUUCCUAAUCCUGCUAAAAGAUGUGCAGCUUUUGUUCAGUUUGAUGGUGGAGAAGUUUUUGAAUAUACAUCAAAGUUGGGAAUUACCAGAAGAGAUUUGAAACAUGAUGAGAUAAGUUUUUCUUCAUCUUGCCCUUGGAUGAAUGUGGUUCUGGUUGGUGUCAGUGAACAACCACAGCACUUGCUUUUUGGUGUUGACGAUAUGGGUAGGCUGCAUGUCGGUAGGAGAAUACUAUGCAGCAACUGCAGCAGUUUUUCAUUUUACUCAAAUUUAGCUGACAAUGUGAUCACACAUUUGAUUCUUGCAACAAAACAAGAUUUGCUUUUUAUUGUUAACAUCAGUGAUAUAUUGCAUGGAGAACUGGAAUUAACAUAUGAGAACUUUGUACAUAUUGGUACCAAACGAAAAGAAGAGGAAAAUACUAACUUUAUAAAUAUAUGGGAAAAAGGGGCCAAAAUUGUUGGUGUCCUGCAUGGAGAUGAAGCCGCUGUCAUAUUGCAAACACAUCGUGGAAAUCUGGAAUGCAUCUAUCCAAGAAAAUUGGUGCUAGCUUCAAUUGUCAACGCUUUGAACCAAAAACGCUUUAAGGAUGCACUUCAUAUGGUGAGGCGACACAGGAUUGAUUUUAAUGUGAUUGUUGACUAUUGUGGGUUGCAAGUGUUUCUUCAAUUAGCUUCAGAGUUUGUCAGGCAGGUCAACAAUUUGAGUUACAUAACUGAGUUUGUCUGUGCCAUUAAAAAUGAAAAGAUGACAGAGACACUAUACAAAAAGUUUUUCUCUCUACCGUACUGCAAGGGGAAAAAGGAUUUACAAGCCAAUGAUUUCAAGGGUUCUGAUGCUAGUUUAGAUGCUAAUAACAAGGUGUCAUCAGUCCUCCUGGCCAUAAGGAGGGCACUUGGGCAACAAGUACCUGAAAGCCCUGCAAGGGAGCUCUGUAUUUUGACCACUCUGGCUCGUAGUGAUCCCCCUGCUCUUGAAGAGGCUUUGGAGAGGGUAAAAGUUAUCCGAGAGAUGGAGCUAUUAGAUUCUGAUGACCCAAGAAGAAUGAAUUGCCCUUCUUCCGAAGAAGCUCUGAAACAUCUCUUGUGGUUAUCAGAUUCAGAUGCUGUCUUUGAAGCUGCUUUAGGCCUUUAUGAUUUGAACCUUGCAGCUAUUGUGGCACUGAACUCCCAGCGGGACCCUAAGGAAUUUCUUCCCUUUCUCCAAGAGUUGGAGCGUCUGCCUGUUCUGUUGAUGCGCUAUAACAUUGACCUUAGGCUGCGCAGGUUUGAGAAAGCUCUCAUACACAUUGUGUCUGCAGGUGAUGCCCAUUUUGCUGAUUGCAUGAACCUUGUGAAGAAGAAUCCUCAACUUUUUCCUCUAGGACUUCAGCUGAUAACUGAUCCUAUAAAGAGAGGCCAAGUCCUUGAGGCUUGGGGUGAUCAACUUAGUGAUGAAAAAUGCUUUGAAGAUGCUGCUGCAACUUAUUUGUGUUGUUCCUGUUUGCCAAAAGCUUUGAAGGCAUAUCGUGAAUGCGGUAAUUGGAGUGGUGUGCUGACAGUUGCUGGGCUUAUAAAGCUGGAAAGAGAUGAAGUAAUGCAACUGGCUCAUGAGCUUUGUGAAGAACUCCAAGCCCUUGGUAAACCAGGAGAAGCUGCCAAAAUUGCUUUGGAGUAUUGUGGAGAUAUUAGUGUAGGGAUCAACUUGCUAAUCAGUGCAAGGGACUGGGAGGAGGCUUUGAGGGUUGCUUUUUUGCAUAGGAGAGAGGAUUUAGUUUCUGAAGUGAAAAAUGCAUCAUUGGAUUGUGCAAGCAGCCUAAUUGAUGAAUAUAAGGAAGGGUUGGAGAAAGUGGGGAAAUAUUUGGCUCGCUAUUUAGCUGUUCGACAAAGAAGAUUGUUGCUUGCAGCGAAGCUCCAGGCAGAAGAAAGAUCGAUAAAUGAUACUGAUGAUGAUACUGCUUCUGAAGCUAGUAGUACAUUCAGUGGAAUGAGUGUCUACACCACAGGGACAAGAAAAAGCUCUGCUGCUUCCACCAGCUCAACUGUGGCUGGCAAGGCUAGAGAUGCAAGACGACAACGAAGCAGAGGAAAAAUUCGCCCUGGCAGCCCUGGUGAGGAGAUGGCUCUUGUAGAACAUCUGAAAGGCAUGUCUCUAACAGCUGGAGCAAAGAGUGAACUCAAGUCCUUGUUGGUUUCCCUUGUAAUGCUUGGUAAGGAAGAAACUGCACGGAAGUUGCAACAUGUGGGAGAGAACUUUCAACUAUCUCACAUGGCAGCAGUCAGACUAGCUGAAGAUACGAUGUCUAAUGAUAGCAUAGAUGAGCAUACACAUACUUUGGAGCGUUAUGUACAGAAAGUAAAAACUGAACCGCAGGAUUCAGAUGCUUUUUCGUGGCGUUGUAGAGUAUUCCUAUCUCCUUGACAGGCAUAAAUUGUCUUAUACACACGAGCUGCUGAAGGCAAUCUGUGUCCAUUUUUGAGUCGAAAGGUUGUGGUUAAGGAAAUAGGAGAUGUUAUUCCAUCGAAGUAGCUUUUGAUCUGCACUCAUAAUUUCAUUAUGUUUUUGUUAAGUUCCAUUGAUAGAUAGCAAAGUUCAUGGUUUUGUACUUAAGUCUCUCAUUCUCAGUUAUUAGAACAAUGGGAAUCAUUUGGCUGCCAAGUGCAUGUGAGAUUUAGUUACUUUUAAACCACAAGGAAGAUGGUGUAAUUUUAGUAUCUUACACUUACCACUUUUUGUCACUAAUCAUUGCAUUGGGUGACUGCCCAAUACA